AUGUCUGGCAAUCGUGCGAGGCGUAUCGCCAAAGAGAUCGCCGACAUUCACGCCGACACACAGUCGCAAAUCACGGCUGAGCCACUGCACGGUGGUGAAGAUCUCACGCAUCUUCGAGGCACGUUCCCAGGACCUCCAGGAACACCCUACGAAGGUGGCACCUAUACCAUCGACAUCAAAAUCCCCAAUGAUUAUCCAUUUCGACCUCCUCAUAUGAAGUUUGUGACCAAGGUCUGGCAUCCCAACGUUAGCAGUCAAACAGGUGCCAUCUGCCUAGACACUCUUUCUACUGCGUGGUCACCGGUGCUCACCAUCAAGUCUGCCCUUCUCUCACUGCAAUCCCUGCUAAGCACCCCCGAACCCAAAGAUCCUCAAGAUGCCGAGGUCGCCACGAUGCUCCUUCGGAGACCGCAGGAAUUUGCACGGGUUGCUCAGGAGUGGGCUGUGAUGUAUGCAGGAGCUCCCAGAAGGCAUGCAGGUGAAGGCAGUGGCGGUGUGACAGACGAAACUCUUCGACUACAGGAGGUCAAGUCGAAAGAAGAGCAGGAACAAGAGGAUUUAAGCAAAUACGACGGCUACAACAAAGACUUGAUCGACCGAUUCUGUAACAUGGGAUUUGACGUUGACCGCGUUGUAGCCGCAUUUAAAUACUAUGGCAUUGAUCGAAUGGACGGGGAAGAUUACGAGCUGGAGGAGGCGUACAUGGGAGACAUUACGGCGCGGCUCCUUGGUGAGCCGUAG